AUGGAGCCCUUUGCGGUCAUCGGAGCGACUGCCGCUCUUGCGCAGCUGAUCGAGCUGUGUAUCAAAUCUGGGAACCAGGCCCAUCGGCUUGUUAAAUCAUUCAUCAACGCACCGAAAGAACUCGCACAGUUGAGCAAAAAGCUCGAUCACCUUCGACUACUCCUGCAACACGUUCAAGAUCUCCACAAGGACUUGGCUGAUGCUCAAGCUGAAUACCUUCUGCCAGAUGCGCAUAAGGACUUGAUACACGGGUGCCUACAGGUGAAUGUGGUGGCUCUGGAGAAUUUGCAAGCGCUGCAAAAUGCCCAGAACCCAACAACAAAUUCGUCAAAUGUCAAGAACAGUCUUCGUUGGGCAGCUAUUGACAAAAGAAAAUCCCAUGCGAUCAUCGAAGAAUUGAAGGCGUCAGAGACCUCCUUGGACGUUAUUCUCAGUCUCCUCUCAGUACGGAUAGCUUCUUUGAAUCGCGCUUCAAUUGUUGCCUUGAGAAUGUCUCAGGAAUCAUUCUAUUCUCAGAUGACGAACUCCGUUGAGGAAAUCAAGCUUUGCUUCCGAGCCCAGACUGGUCUAAUAUCAAGUGAGGGUUUCGAGACCACGGCUGACGACUUAUUCAGGAAACUCGAAAUGGGGCCUGAUUUCGAGCGUAGGAUGCAGGAGAGAAAAUUCGAACACGAUUGGAAGAAGAUCAUCGCCAAACAUUCCUACAUUUCCGAAUUUGCCGAUGAAGUACAACCGCUUAGCUCAUUUCAGCCUCUACUACGAGUCUCAACCAGGCUGAUUGUGACAAAGAACUCAUGGAAAGCCCAUGCAGCUCUGAGGGCAAGGCUAUGUGUACUUGGACAACGGCUCGUGUUUUUCGAGAUCAAAGCCAGACAUUUUGCCAGGACUUGGAUGAGUAUUCCCUUGCUUGGUUGUUCAAUGACCAUUCUUCAUGUUCGGUCAUCCGAGGAUCCAAUAUUCUCUGCUUGUCGCAAUUGGGAUCUCUCAACUGUGCGAUACUUAAUAGAAACCAGACAGGCGAGUGUCCACGAUAUUGAUCAUGACAAAGGGGCCAGUCUGUUACAGGUAAAUUUACUGCGAUCCAUUGGAUUCUCAGAUUGGAACCCACUUGACGGGUCUUCGAACUUGCUAGUAGGGGCGAUUCACACAAACGAUCUUGAAGAACUGUUUUUUGGUCUGGAAAUCGUCAAAAUGGACCCAACUAUGCAAGUGACUGGUGGAAGAGCCCUGGGUGCCGCUGCGUCGUUUAACAACGUCUGCUUCGCCGGUAUUCUCACUGCAGCUGGCGCUCCAUUUCGUUGGAAUGCAGCAGAAGACGUCUAUCUGUGUCCAUUAGCGAGAGGCCUCAGGCAGAAUUCGAGUUACGAAAUGGGCCACUGGCUUCUAUUUUCUGGUGCCGACACGCGUCAGUUAGACUUUUACUCUGGCACGGCGUGGUGUUCAUUUUGGCAAGGAGCUGCGAUUCGCUACGGAAACGUGCCUAUCCAUUUUAUACAGAUGGAAGGCAUUCUGAGCCACUUACUGUUGCAUGGCUCAAAUCCACACGACAUCUUCACAAGCAGCAAUUUACCAAAAACUUUUGCAUCAGCUAAUUACGGAAAACCAUGGUACCAUCAUUUUGGGCAGAUCAAAGCCACAGAGGUGGCUAGACUGCCUGCAUACAAAAGCUCUGUGUUGCGUGAAUGGACUGAGUAUGGUCAUGGCUUCCCAUCUAACGACUGGAAAGAAGCGUACGAGAAGAAUGAAGCUCAGAGAAGACCUGCGUUUCUCGCCUCUUGGACUUCAUCGGGCGUCAUCUCCUGGUCAGAUGCUGAGUCAGAUGACGAGCGGGAGUCUGAUGAGUUGAAUUUUGAGAAUGGCGCCGCACGCUGUCGACAACUCUCCCGUUUCCCUUUCGUCCGUUUACUUGUCAACGCGCUUCAGUUGGCCGGCUACCGCGCAGAAAUGGACGACGACGGAGACGUUUGGUACGAUGACGAAGACGGUGAUCAAUACUUUGAUGCUAGGGAGUUUCAACCCAGUGAGGAUGCAGAUGAUGGCUUUGUUACGAAUUGUCCUAUCUGCCAGAACCCAGAAAAGUAUGGAUUAGGUUAUGUCGUCGCUGAAGGGGAUCGUGGCAAGCAGCUUCUACGAGAAUAUCGGGAGAAGAGGAAAGGCGAAACGAACCGAUUUUUCUAG